CCGAAGCGAGAGGAGUUCCGUGAUAGGCUCUAUGUUCAGUCGUGAAUUAUGUAAUAUUUACUGCAAGAUCUGCUAAUCUGACACGUCCUACCCAUCAGUUGAGAUGGCUAGAAAACGUAAGAUUGUUUUUGGGAAGAAAAAAGACUCGAAUGCGAGUAAAAAGGGCAGGACAGCUGAAGCAGGAUCAUCUGACGAUAAAGAUGGACCACCACCAGCAAUGUCAAGCUCGGAAAACAAGCCUCCAGGACCAGUGAAAAGAAAAACAAAGCGCGAAGACCAAGCCCCUCUGUUGCCAACCAGGACAAGUUCCAGAGUUCCAAAAAGGAUCAGGAGGGACAUUAGUCCUCCUAACUCUCCAUGUCCUCCUAAAAAGCCAGCAAGAGAACAUCAUCCCAAAGCAUCAACUUCAACACCUGAGGCGAAGAAGGCCAAACAGCCGCCUAGACAGAGGCGGGCUUGGGAACAGUGGAGUUGCGCUGACAAGUCCUUGUUUUUUGAAGGCCUACUUGAGUUUGGAAAGGAUUUCGAUCCUUUGACCAACUAUGUUGCCGUUCGUCAGAAGAAGCGUCUUGGACUUCCGCCCACCAUGAUAAAAAAUAAGGAACAGAUUCGCCAUUUUUACUACCGGACGUGGCACAAGAUAUCAAAGUGGAUUGAAGUGCUGCCUGAUAUCAAGAAGCAGACGCAAGAGUUGUAUGGCUUGAUCAAUUAUAAUGAGUUGAGAAAACAUCUGGGCAGCAGAAUUGAUGACAAAAUUGGUGCCCAGUUGAAUGAGCUGGUCCAUAAGGGAUCCACCCAGAUCAAGGUUCGAGGAAAGUUGCAUAGACUGAAGACUCCUAUGUGCAGGGCAUUGAAAAGGCUGAAUGGAAUUGAAGAUCCGAAAGAUGAUGCUGCGACAAAGCUGCCGCAAAAGAUUGCCUUGGAGCUUCGGCCGAGGACGAAUGGCUCGUGGGCGUACGUUCAAUCCCUGUCCCAGAACCCUCGUGUGCGGAUGACCCUCCGGCUUGACCGACGUCUCUCUAAUGUCAUCGGCUACUUGGAGAAAAAGUGGACGCCUCGUCGGUUAAAAAUUCGCGAGAAGCUGAAAUUACCUUGCGAGCCUGAUAAAUACAUAAAAGUCUUGCCACCCAGCGGUUGCACAGUUGUACAAGCUUCUCUGAAAAGUAAACCCCCAGCGAAGAAAAUUGACAUCGCCUUAAAUUGUCACGUACAAAACCUUAUUGCAAUUGGAUGUGAUCCUGCAGCUGCUGCUACAACUAAGAAGAUGUCUCGUGGGAAGAAUCAAGCUAGUGCCAAAAAUCAAAGUGCCAUCAGUGCAAUAACAGCUGUGAAAGACAUUCAAGAGAAUGCAGUGUUUCCAUCAGCCUCGUCAAUUGGCGCUAAAAACCUUGUUCCUAGCACAUCUGCUAACAAUGAUGAGGGAUCUACGUCAGGGCGGCUUGAUUUCAGUAAUACUGUCACGUUCAGUGGCGGAGUUAUGGAGUUUACUUUAGAUGGGGUUAGUGGUGUUGACAAACUGAUGACCGAGGAAAGGGUUGAUGUUGACAAAAUUUGUCCUAUUGUGAGUGACGUUUCUAAGGAUUGUGCCAAAAGUUCUGUGCCCGGUGUUGAUGCUAAGAAGGAGGCAAAGACGUCUGCUGUUGAGAAGCGUGCUGUUGAAAAAACAGCUACAACGUCCAGUGAGAAACCUGGGAAUUCAUAUGGUGCUGAGCAGUUGAACAUUGGUGGGCUAGUUGAGUACGCUGCUGAUAAAGUCGAUGUUGUGACAUUUGAGCAGAAAUUUCGUGCAGGCUGGACGCUGGACGAUGCAAAGUGUGUCACGCUGGCGGAAAUUUAUCUCGCUCUUGGGAGUCCUGAGACAGUCGUGUUGGAAUAUGAAUUUCACGAUAUCGCGCCUCCGAAGAAGGAAAUUCCUCCCGAAGUUUUUGGUCAUUCUAGUUCUAGCGCUGUAGGCUGUGAUGUUUCCACUCAGAGGGACAAUUUAGCGGGACUUUUGCGGAAACUGGUCCAACUCGCUACAACAGAGUUUGUCGAUCUGUCAAAAACAAAACAAUCGGUGUCCUCGUCACCUCCCAGUCGUUGUACAUGUGGUGCUAUGUUGAAAAAUUCACCUGGGAAAUCUAGUAGUCGGAGUCCCGGGAACCGGAGUCCGUCAGUAUCUGGCCAGGGAAAGAGUCCAGCGACACCAAAAGGUCAAGGAAGAAGAGGGUCAAGGUCAAAGAAAGACAAAGAAACCCUCCCUAAAGAACAACAACCUCCUCAGCCGUCUGCAGCUCGAGGUUCAGCGUCGGAUAGACCCACCGAUCAAGACACCGCUAAGUUUAACGAUUCUGUGUUCCGGGUGCCCCUCUCCAUCCCAGCCAAGGCAGCUACAUAUAACAGUCAACAGACAUAUAACGGCCAACAGAUUUAUAACAGUCAACAGACAUAUAACAGUCAACAAACAUAUAACAGUCAACAGGCAAUGAUCAAUCAAAACAAUAAGGCAGUCCUGGCAAAUGCAGCAGAGGAGACGAGAGCUCGCCAAUUCAUUCAACAGCUGGAUUCUCUGUCGAAACGAAAUGGUGAGGGUAUGAUGAAACGAUGUCGGAUGCGAAUGCGAACUGUGCGAAAACCGAUGCUAGUCCAACGUGCUAUUUUACCAAAAGCCCAGAUGCCAGGUCGGACUGGUCUGGUACCACUUCUACCCCAGGGUCAGACAAUGGACGGCAACACGGGACAAUUUGUGCCGAUUAUGACGAAUGAUCCACUCACAGGACAGACGAUUGGAUCAAUGCCUCCGAAUACAAUCGUUGCACAACCCCUAGUCUCUCAUUCACAGAUGAUAUCAGGUCCACACCACAUGAGCAGACGACCGGUCCUGAGAAAAAUUGCCCCAUGUCAAACAGUAACCACUGCCAGUCAAAGUUUUAAUUCCACUUUCUCUAUGCCAAACAAUAGUCAACAUGCUGUUGCCCGCUCAAUCGCAUCAACAACAGUAAAUCCACAGUCCCAAACCUCUGUUAUGACUCCUCUCUCUGUUGAAGUGCCAAAGGCCGCAGACCGCAUCACAUCGGUGACGUCUGCCCCACCUACCACCAAGUCAGACUCUCAGUCUCUUAUUUUAUCGGCAGCUAUGGCAUCGUCGCUGGACAUAUCGACACCGAGUAUCUCAUCACUAUUGGAUAUAUCCAUGCCUGGUCCAGAAGCUGGUGAAAGUCAGGAUGUUACAGCCAUGCCUGACUCAACUGACAAGCUGAUUGACCUGGCGUUGGAUAAUUCAUCAUCAUUUUCCGACUUCCUGAAUAAUGCGGAGAAAAUCUGCCCACCAGGUUUAUCAUCACCGUCAUUACGAACGGAGGGAAGUAACGAGAUGUCGAUCAGUAUGGUUGGCCAGUCUCCAUUCAAGGUGGACAUGUCUAAUUGGUUACAAGGCGAGGCGUCCUGUGAUGUGUCAUUGAGCAGCUUCUUGGACUCGCCAGUGAAGAGAGUUGAUCCUACCUCAGUCUCCUCUCAGUCGACGCCAUUCUUCUGUGAAAAUUCCAGGGAUUCUAUCACGUCCAAAUUCGAUAGCUUUCAGGUCGAUUCCAUGCUUCAGUGUAUGAUGAAUGAGAGCAGUGUCGACUACGGAUCGAAAUUCGCCGACCUUGCGGCACAGUUCGCAGCUGUCCCAGACAACCAAUCAGACGCAAAGAAAUAAGACAAUAUUUCAUGACAUUCUACGAUUUUCAAGAUGUGCAAUAUAGUCCAUGGCAAGGAAAAACACUCAGAGGUUAUCCAUGUCAUAGUGUGAUGCUUGUCAUACAUGUAGUUUGGUGUGCAAUGCAGUCCUCUCUUAAUCUUUUAAAGUAAAGAGUAAAGGUCCAACCCAACCCAUAAACAACUUAAUUAUGUUGCCUUUAUAAUGAACCGAUGUGACAAAAACAAAAUCUCUCCACCUAAAUUAGUGAUUUUUCAGUAUUCUGAUGUUAUUGUUUGCUGAAAGUUUUAGUUCUAUAAAACCUCGAUCAUUUAUGUUAUCACUGUCGUCAUCUAGUCUUGUCUGUCAUGUGACGGUCUCUCCACUUGAUAUGUGAACAAAACUUGUGUUCUUAGUAUGUUUACUGUAGAUAUGUGAACAAAACUUGUGUCCUCGGUAUGUGUACUUUAGCAGUCUCUCCAGUUAAAACACGUGAACAAAAUGUGUGUUCUCAGUAUGUGGACAUUGGAGGUCUCUGCAGUAAAUAUGUGAACAAAACUUGUGUUCUCGGUAUGUGUACUUUGGGACAUGUAGUCUCUAUGUUAGGUGUGUGAUCAAAGCUUGUGGUCUCAGUAUGUGUAAUCUUCACUUAGGCAGUCUCUCCACUCGGGAUGUGAUUUAAAAAUACCUUGGUAAUUGCGCGACCUGUCACAAUGGCAUUAGAAGGACUACAUCCCCAAAUCUCAUCCCCAGGUGGACCCUAGGUUAGAGUGAAUGUCCAAAUCUGUAUUGUCCCGUUUUUUGGGAUUGCCUUUUUGACAAAGCAAGCAAGACCCAUGACGUUAACGCUAAAAAUUGUAAGUGCAUAUACAACUGGGUGAAACAAGUGAAACUUUUGACAAUAAUCUCGAUUUGAUAUUGUCAUGUUCGAUUCCUUAAAAAAGAAAACAUAUCAUAAUAUUUAUUUCAUUCAUUUGUAUAGAAGUUUGAUUCAGUUUAAUUUGCUAAUGCUUGAUAUCAUUUUUGGCAUGGUUUGUAUUUCUCAGUAUUCAACCCACUCCUUGUCUGGUUAUGAAGUAAUUUUACAGCUGCUGCCUUUUGUUGAACUAGUCAAUAAACAACUAUUAGUAAUUAAAUUUGUAUAAAUCUCAAGGAUCUGAGAGAAAUUGUGCUUUGCUUUAGACAAGUGUUUGAAUUUUAAAAAAGGUCCUGAUUCAUCAGUUUAAGAGAAAUUAUUUUCUGUUUUAUACCAGUUUCGAGGCUUUAACCUUAAAUUUCUGCUGACUGUGCAGAUUUGGAUAUGUUUUCGAUGAACAAAAUUCUUAUGUUGUGAACUAAAAUUUCACUUGGAUACAAGUUGCCGGCAUAAUCUUGCACAAAUACAAAAUGUGAUUUGUAAAGUUUUGAUAUCAGAAAUGAUACAUUUAUUUUUAGGUUGCGAUACAUGAGGAACUAAUAAAACAAGUAAAAUUCUA